UCCACUUGCCGUACUUAGCUGUCAACCAGACAUGUAGCAACUGAAGGCUAAUGCUAACGUUAACUAACAACUGUCAAGCAUUUUUUUUACGCAUUAAUUAGAAACCUUGUCGGAUUUUAACCGUUUAGCGACGUGUUAUUAUCCUUGUACGUCGCACAAAAGGUUUGUUAGCUAACUGUCGAAGUGUGUGUCCCGCUGAGGGAACAUGCUGUUAGCUCGCGUUAGCUAAAGUUAGCUUAGCAGUGUGUGAGGCGAAUGGGAGAUAAAACGGAGAAAACGUUCAGGUUUGUGAUCGUGGGAGGCGGCAUCGCAGGUGUGACAUGUGUCGAGCAGCUGUCAUCCCAGUUCCCGGACGCAGAGGUGGCUCUGAUCACAGCAGCUUCUCUUGUCAAGGCAGUGGCCAACUUCAAACAGGUGUCCAAGACGCUGGAGGAAUUUGAUGUUGAGGAGCAGCCGUCCAGCGUUCUGGAGGAGAAAUUCCCCAACCUGACUGUUGUCCAGUCUGCUGUCAAAGCCCUCAACACACACACGCAUACUGUGCAGACUGUGGAUGGGCGGACUUUCGGUUAUGAGAAGCUGUGUAUCUGCAGCGGGGGCAGACCCAAGCUCCUCACCCAGGGUAACCCCUACGUGCUGGGGAUACGGGACACGGACAGCGCCCAGGAAUUUCAGAAGCGGCUAUCCAAAGCAAAGAGGAUUGUUGUUGUUGGGAAUGGAGGGAUUGCCUUGGAAUUAGUGUAUGAGGUGGAGGGCUGUGAGGUGAUCUGGGCCGUGAAGGACAAGGCCAUAGGAAACACCUUCUUUGAUGCCGGAGCGGCACAGUUCCUCAUCCCCUCGCUGGAGGCCGACAAACCAGAGGGAGCCACUCCCUGUAAGAGGCAUCGCUACACUGUGGAGCCAGCCGGAGCGUCCCACACCUUCACAGAUGAAGACAGGCGAGGGCGUGGCGUCGGUCCCACAGAGCCUGGCAGUGCCCUUGGUCCAGACUGGCACGAAGGAAUUGUUCUGAGAGGAGCGGAGGAGGUGUCCCACCGAGUUUCAGUGGAGUACCAGUGUGAGGUGGACAGCAUCUACACCCACCAGGAGCUGCUUAAGUCCCCGCAGCAAACGCUUGUAUCUGAGGGAGCAGGAUCCUGGCCGGUUUACGUCAAGCUCACGAACGGGAAGACGUUUGGCUGUGACUUUAUUGUCAGCGCAACCGGUGUGGUGCCAAACACAGAGCCGUUCCUCCAUGGCAACAAUUUUGCACUGGCAGACGAUGGCGGGCUGCGAGUAGACGACCACAUGAUGACAUCGGAGCCAGAUGUCUAUGCUGCGGGAGACGUGUGCACUGCAUGCUGGGAGCACAGCCCACUGUGGCAGCAGAUGCGUUUGUGGACUCAGGCCCGUCAGAUGGGCUGGUACGCAGGCCGCUGCAUAGCUGCACACGUCCUGUCAGAACCAAUAGAACUGGACUUCUGCUUCGAACUCUUCUCGCACAUUACCAAAUUCUUCAGCUACAAGGUGGUCCUGCUGGGCAAGUUUAAUGGCCAGGGGCUGGGGCCCGACCACGAGCUGCUGGUGCGCUGUACGAAAGGCCAGGAGUACAUCAAGGUCAUCCUCAGUGGUGGGAGGAUGAUGGGAGCGGUGCUCAUCGGGGAAACAGAUCUGGAGGAAACCUUUGAGAACCUCAUCCUCAAUCAGAUGGAUCUGACACCGUACGGAGAGGAGCUGCUCAACCCCAACAUUGACAUAGAGGACUAUUUCGACUGAACAUCGGGACUGUGUUCAACACCGCAGAGGGAAGCAGCAUGCACAUAGCGGACGUUAUUCACAAAAUAUGAUUGUUGGAAGGAAAUCUAGAGAAACGUUGCAUUCAGUGCACUUUAUCAUGUGAAGGCCAACUGGUGUGUCUUUUGUUAUUGGCAAUAAGGUAAGGAUUUGUAAAAAAAAAAAAAAAAAAAAAGAGAGGCAAAAUAAUCUUUGUCUUAGGCCUACUUGUUAACAAUUUAUUUUUGCUGUUGAAUAAAUUAUUGUACUGAUUUUCACCAGUGGUCUUAACUUGAGGUUUCACUUGUGUUCAGCCACAGUCGGAGAGACAAAGGUACUGCCCCCGUAGUGGUCGGAGUGAUUGGUUGUAAAGUCUUAACCAGACAUUA